CAUUUUCUUGUCGCUAGUUGCUAUUUGUUGACGGUCCCUGUGCACUGUCCUCUCGUCAGCUCUUCAUAAGAAACAACGUCGAAUUCAUCGUUCCGACUACGAGUGGAUGUGUUAAAAAUCAUCCCAAAUCUGAUUGUAGCUAAUUGGCUACAUCACUGUGAUUAGACAGAAGCAUACUUUGUGUUUUAAUUAUGCUUAGUUAUUCCGUUAUUGGACCGACAACUCCGAAUGUGCCAAUCUGUUGCAUAUUUGACCGGGCUUGGGCAGCACGGUGGUAGCCAUGGCGACGAGACGACAACAGAAAAAGUCAAUUGACAGCCGCUAAGCUAACAAGCUCAAGACACGACGAUUUUUGGACCAGGCUGCCAUUUUGGUGACGCACUCGAAGGGCAAAGGAGUCAGUCAACUAACAGGUGAAGUGAUGGAGAUGCUGGUGGAGUCCAAUGAGGAGCAAGCAGAAAAUGGAAAUGAACAAGUGCAAGAAGCAAUACACGUCUCAGCUGCGAGUGAUUUCCUGUCCAGUCCACUCCUUCCUGAGUCAUACAAGUGUAAUUCCGUGGAGGAAGUCCGGCUGCUGGCCAUUGCCGACAACUUCCAGCGUCAGUAUUGUCUUUUGUGUCCCGAACGCAAAUCACUGCUGCUCUGCCCCAUCAAUGAAUGCGGCGUCCAGAAGUUUGUUUCAACCACUUUGCGCCCCACCAUGACAAGCCAUCCCGGGCUGCUCAAUUGGGAAGGAUGUGCUUUGUUUGUGGCCGAUUUCUUAUCUCUGAAUCCUUUGGAGCCACCUGGAGAGCUUCCCAGGUUCUUGUUCUCUGCCACCUCGGUGUUACGUAGUCAGACAGCGACAUGUUUCGAGUACGCCACAUUACUGUGCAGUCUGCUGCUGGGCGCCAACUACGACGCUUACUGUGUUAGUGGCUAUGCGAGCAAGGAGAUGUGUCUGCUAGACCAAAGCCUGCAAGACUGCCCACUGCUGGAUGCCCAAGCAAAGGAUGCAGCCUCUGACUUGCCGCCCGACAUUGAGCCUGGGCUGAGAUUACAGCGCGAGCCCAAGAGUCGUUUCUUGACGCAACAGGCCAAGAAGAAACAGCAAGAGGCCGAAGCUAAAGCCAAGCAACAGGAGGAGAUUCCGCAGCCACCUGCCGACCCGCUGCAGGGUUUGCGGGUCCACUGUUGGGUACUGGUGUUGGCUGGGUGCCGCAGCAUCCAGGAAAACUUCUUUGUUGACCCGCUAACAGGAAGGAGCUACAGCACCACGUCUGCACAUUUUCUGGGCGUCGAGAGUGUGUGGAACAACCUGAACUACUAUGUCAACAUGCAGGACUGCAAGGACGGCUGUGCUGAGCUGGUAUAUGACCUGCAUGACAUCAAAUUGUGGGAGCCCGUCCUGUUUGGUGCCAUCAGUAAAAGACAACUGAGCAUAAACCUCCUCAAGAGGAAAGAGAUGAAAAUGAUGGGCAUGACUUGGGAGGAAGAAGAGGAAGAGGAGGCCCGUGUCUUUGAGAUGCCAAGAUCCUGGGUCACUUCAAUUAACAUUUCCAAACAAGACUUGGAGACUUGUUGGCCAGGAGGCAGGAAGUUGACUCGCUACAAGAAAGCAGAACUGGAGAGGUUUGCACCUUCUCUACGAUUGGACGGUCUGGUGACCCGAUUGAGCAUCUACAAGGACCUGGACUGUACAGAGGUUUUGACAGUCAAGGAGUGGUACCAGGACAGAAAUGACCACCUAAGUGAGCGAGAAGUUAACAAACUGACAGGCAUCACCACUGAGCGCUUCAUACCAGGACGACACUUUCACCUCUUAUUUCACAGAUUCACAUCCACUCAAACAGAUGGCGUUGAGCACGAAAUGGAAUUCAGUGGCGCUCGUGUGGACGGACUCGUGCGGCGCGUGGACACACCGGUGGAAAUGACGGAGAACUUCAAAGGUCGUGAGGACUUCCUCUACUACAGACAAGUCAUCUUCGAUAGCGACAUCCAGUUGCCAGAGGAAAGCACCGGCUCAGAGCCAGAAGAGAGACCUCUCCUGCAAGUGUUGGAGCGUUUCCACAGAAAUCCAAAUAAGGAUGCGAAUGACGAUGUUGCUGAGCGAGUGUUUGUGGCUUUGCAAAGAAGGAUAGAAGUGAAAUACCAUCUGGAGGAGCAGCGCUUCGUGCCGUGCAGGAGGACCUUCAUCAAGCCGCGAGAGUCAAAGGACCAGCAACACAAGGCCGAGGACUUCAGGGCUGACAUGGUUUCCGGCUUCCACGUGGAUCCUGCCCAGAAGCCCCUCAACACACUGGCUCUCUACGACCUUCUCUCAGACCUUGUCAAAGCUGAGAAGGGCGUGGCUCUCCAGAUCAAGAGCUCCAAGAAAGAGGUGCGAGACAUCGUGGUCUGCAGGGAGCAGGAGGAGGCCGACAUUCUUCUUCACUUCUCACCGUGGACCACCACUGGCACUGCCAAAGCAUGCAAUCUCCGAGAGGAAAUGGAGCGCGUGGCUGCCGAGGAACAGCGGUGGUUGCAGGAGAAGGAAAACGACUUCCUGGCUCCCAUCAUCAGCCGACUGUGUGACAUUGAAAUUGUGAAUGCUGAUGAUGCACAGCGGAUAUACAACGAGAGCCUGACAGACUUCAAGAAUUGCAUCAUGGCACAGGCACAACAUAUCCAAGAACGUCACGACCAGGCGACACAGGUACUACAGAAUAAACAAGAACAUUACCAGGAGAACCGUCAGAACAUGAGUCACCAGGAGUUGAAGGAGUAUCAGGCCUACUGCGCCCAGCACAUUUUUCAGAUACACAUCGCCCAGAAGCGCCUCAGAAUGCACAAGAGAUCAGCAGCUCAAAGGUACCGUGCACUGGACCAAAGGCUCAAACAACAUCCCAGGCUGGCCCCUUACCUGCUCAACUGAACACAAACACACUCACACACACACACACACACACACACACACACACACACACACACACACACACACACACACACACACACACACGCCCUGUUUGAAAAGACAUGAGAAAUCUGGCAUUUCGUUUUAGUGGUCACUUUAGGGUCAUAAAUUUGUAGGUGCAAUAAUUCCGCAGCUGGCACGCUGAGUUCCUUUCCUCUUCACUUGAAUCAAACAUCAGAGCCCAUUAGUCACUGCUUACAACUUUCGUCUUUUCAUUGGUAAGAUCUGAAAAUGAAUCCUGAUAGAAAAAAAACAAUUGUGUGGCAAGUUAUUUGUGUUUUGACUUAGUGCCCUGCGAUUGGCUGGCAACCAGUUCAGGGUGUCCCCCGCCUACUGCCCGAAGACAGCUGGGAUAGGCUCCAGCAACCCCCGCGACCCUAGUGAGGAUAAAAGCGGUACGGAAAAUGAAUGAAUGAACUUAGUGCCAAGUUGGCACUGUGGCAUUAUCUUGAUAUACACACACAUGUACUAUUGCUUCCCAGGAAUGUGUUCACGUCGAGACCAGUUUUUGAAUGGAUGCUCCAAAACAAUGUUGUCAUGGUAACAAACCAAAACAACUGCAUCUGUCUGUUUUCAGUUAAACACUCCUCUUGCCUAAUUCGUCCUGGAUCCAUUUACUAGAUGGAGAUUUUUCAACACUCUUUCCCCGAUUUUUUGUGGAGCGUUAUUGAAUAAAUAAAUACGAGAGUAUGACCU